AUGACUGAGGGCGGCUCUGCCCCCAGUGCCCCUGCUCAGUCUGGCGGUGUUGUUCCCUCUGCUCCCGCUCAGUCCGGUGCUCCUGGUGCUCCCUCCGGUGCCCCUGCUCCUAGCGGUGGUGUUGUCCCCUCUGUUCCUGCUCAGUCUGGUGCCCCCGGUGCCCCCUCCGGUGGUGCUAGCGUCCCUGCCGUUCCCACUGCUAGCGUCCCUGAAGGUGCCAGCGCUGGUGCUUCCACCACCCCCUGCGACACUCUCACCGGUCAGACUGUUGUUCCCGUUGCUACCAUGACCGAGGGUGGCUCUGCCCCCAGCGCCCCUGCUCAGUCCGGUGCCCCUGGUGCUCCCUCCGGUGGCGCCCCUGCUCCUAGCGGUGGUGUUGUUCCCUCUGCUCCCGCUCAGUCCGGUGGUGCCCCUGCCCCCAGCGGCGGUGUCGUCCCCUCCGGUGCUGCUAGCGUCCCUGCCGUUCCCACCGCCAGCGUCCCCGAGGGUGCCAGCGCUGGUGCCUCCACCACCCCCUGCGACACCCUCACCGGCCAGACUGUCGUUCCCGUUGCUACCAUGACCGAGGGCGGUUCCGCUCCCAGUGCCCCUGCUGAGUCUGGUGCCCCUGGUGCCCCUAGCGGUGUCAGCCCCUCCGAGACCCCUGCCGCUCCUGCUCAGUCUGGCUCUGGCAACGCUCCCAGCGGUGGCUCCCCCGCCCCCAGCGGUGGUGUCGUCCCCUCCGGCGCUGCUAGCGUCCCUGCUGUUCCCACCGCUAGCGUCCCCGAAGGCGCCAGCGCUGGAGCCUCCACCACUCCCUGCGACACCAUCACCGGCCAGACUGUCGUCCCUGUCGCUACCGAGACCGUGACUCCUGUCCCCGUUGCCACCUCGGCCACUGAGGGUGGUUCCUCUCCUCAGAUCACCACCGCUCCCGUCGCUGGUUCCGGCUCCGGCUCUGGCUCCGGCUCCGAGACUGAGGUGGUUACUGUCACCGUCACCGCUACUGUGAGCGUUUCGGCUUGCGACUGGUAA